CACAACAGCAGUUGAUAGGGGAACAGAAAGUCGUUUGGGGUGGGUCAGUUGGUUAUAAGAAAGGAAGCAAGCCUUCAGAAUGUUUCUAAAAUGCUUAAUGUUUUAGCUUAAACCAAAAUUCCCUAUUGAUUUCACCCAAUGGUUCGUGAGAAACUCAGAAAGCAGCGAGCGCAUUGCUCAGAAAGUACUGAGAAAUCUCUGCCAAGGAGCAAAUAACGUUCUUGCUCAGAGCUAGGGAUGAGAGGAAAGAGGUCGGUGCGCAAGGAGAGAGGGGCUGAAUGAGGGAGAGAGAAGAGGGGAAGUUAAAGCAGUCAGAAAGAGAAGGAAGUGGGAGAUCUGCUGCUUCCUGUAGACAGAAUGAUGAUUGAAGACAAAGCUGGGUGUGGACUCGUCUCCCAGGGCUGCUGCUUGCACAGCUGCUAAGCUUGGAAUCUCCUGCACAUUUAGCCUAUUUUAAGAAAAGGAGAGUGUAUAUCUGACCUUGGUUCGUCGUAGAAGAGAUCAAAUGGCCAGCAACAACACAGCAAGCAUAGCACAAGCCAGGAAGAUGGUGGAACAACUGAAAAUGGAAGCCAACAUUGACAGAAUAAAGGUGUCCAAAGCAGCAGCGGAUUUAAUGGCAUACUGCGAAGCUCACGCUAAGGAAGACCCUCUACUGACACCAGUUCCUGCAUCAGAAAACCCCUUCAGAGAGAAGAAGUUCUUUUGUGCCAUCCUGUAAUGACCUGCCCAGCCUGAAAAUCAGGCCACUCUGAACAGUGAUGUUGUUUUAUCAAUGUGGACAUAUUAUUGUCCACAGAUUUUUUAACAAAAGUCUGGAAGCUACAGGGAUGUGCAUGUUUAAAGAAUCUUGUCACCUUAUUGGUAAUGGAAGCAGAAGAACUAUCUUGAGAAAAUAGAGAUUCUAAAACAGCUUAGAAUGAAACAGUGUAGAGAUGUCACAUUUUUUUGCUCCUGCGAAGAUCGUAAAUUAUGAUUCAUAGUUUAAUGUCUAAAGUAUGACAGUUGUUCAAAGAAAGGUAAAUACAAGAAAGAUGUAUAAUUUUAUUGGAAUGCUAAUUGUUCUUCAAUAUAAUUUUAUUUAAGUUAAAUGGACAAGUAAGCAAACAAACAAGAUCUGUCGUGUUGUACUUUAACAUUUGGUUAUGUGCUUUUUGCAUUAGAGUAGCACCAUAAAAUGCUGGACUUUGCUUUGACAGCUGAUUUUCAAGGAAGAGAAAUAUUACUAAUAAGAAUUUAGCAAAUGGAAUGUCAUUUGCAAGACAAAAGCUGGCAGCUUUGCAUUUUCUUAGACUCUUAGUGCUCCUCUAACAUGCGUAUAAUAGCUUAAAAUUUCUGAUAGUAUCAGCAAAUCAUCUGCUUAGUGAUUCUAAUAUUUGUGGUAGCAACAAAAGAACUGCAUGAAAAUAUUUCAGCCUUUUGCCCUUUUAAUUGAAUUAGUUUAACUGAACUGGUGAAGUGAUAUCAAUAUACAAAAGAUAAAACGUUAACAUCAAUCACUAACGAAGCACAGCCAAUUUCUUGAUGGCCCUAUUUUCUCACUAAUGCUUGUGAACACUAUAAGAAAUAUUUGUCAGUGAAUCAUUUAUAACAAUUUAUACCAACUUAACUAUUGUAAAGUAGCAGGUAAAAAUUGCAUGCAAACAAUAGUACAUAGACAUACAUGCCAAUGUUUGGAAAACAAGACCAAUUGUCAAAAGUAGCUUUGUAUACGAUAUACUGGAAAUAAAAAUAUUGAUAAAGUCUCUCAAUUGAUUGGUUGAACAAAAUAAUUUUAAUAGCCAAAUGAUUCCAUUCCUUCAUGUGGUCUUUUGGUAUAUUCUUACCCAAAUGAAACCACAGAAAUGGUUUUUAAACAGUGUAAUAUGCAGAUGAACAAAAGGAUCUCAACUUUGUGAAUGAGCAAAUGAUUUUACCUCAGACUAUUACACCGCCUUUUAACAAAUCUUUUUUAUAUUUUCAGAUAUGUAUUUUUACUCAAUUGCUAAUUUUCUUAGAUCUGCAUGUACUGACAUCUGCCACUACACUGCUAAGCUAGCCCUCUGCUUCAUUUCCAAUUCAAUACAAGGAGUGGUUUACCAUAGUACUAGGUGCACAUUAGUGGAGAAAAGUAGAGAUCACCAUAAAACAACAAUACAUUAACCAAGUCAAUUGCAUUGAAAACAUUACAAAAUAAGAAAGAAUGACAUGUAUGACUAUGGCUCAUUGAGUCUAAUUUUUCUGUAAAUUUGUGUUCAUGGCAGCAGUGAGUUUUAUUGCCUGUAUGGGACAACAGGAAUGCUAAGUGUGACAGCAAGAAGAAAAGGGAUGUGUGAAUUCUCUUAAUGAGUAUAAUGUAAAAAUAUGUAUUGUAUUUCUGGUUGUAUACCUUUGUCAGCUUUGUAUAAGAAAACCUGAACAAAGUAUGAUGUAGUACACAUUUUCAUGACAUGUGAACAAUGUAUCAGUUUUAAAUAAAAACUUCAAAGCA